AUGACAGAGGAUCAAUCGGUGGUUGGUCGAAGGAGAAUUUAUUAUGACCAAAAUGGUGGUGAAGCAUUAAUCUGCAGCGACAGUGAAGAGGAAAUAAUUGAUGAAGAAGAGGACAAGCGAGAUUUUAUAGAAUCUGAAGAUUAUAUUCUGCGGAUGACUAUCAAAGAAGCUGGUCCAUCUGACACAGUGGUGGAAUCACUGGCACAGUGUUUUUCUAGAAGCCCUAAUGAAGUCAAGGCAAGAUUUGAGGUUCUUAAGAAGGAAGAGAAGGCAGUGGAGGAUUCUAAGAAUAAAGAUAAUGAAGCACAAACACUGAAUUCUUUUCUUGAUAAAGAUCUUGAAGUUGCUUUGGAUUCUUUCGACAACCUAUUCUGUCGCCGAUGUCUUGUAUUUGAUUGUAGAUUACAUGGAUGUUCACAGGAUCUUAUCUUCCCUGCUGAGAAACAAUCUCCAUGGAGCUAUCCAGAUGACAACAUACCAUGCGGUCCACACUGCUACAAAUCGGUUUUGAAGUCAGAAAGAAUUGCUUCAGGGAUUUCUCCUGAGGGUGGGGUUAUUGAAGAAAAUUCCAUCUGUCACUCAGAUGGUGCUGGGGUACCUAUAUCAUCACGAAAGAAAUCUGCUUCAUCUGCCAGGAGGAGGGUGAAGUCCUGCCAAAGUGAAAGUGCUUCAUCAAAUGCAAAAAACAUUUCAGAGAGCAGCGACUCAGAGAUUGGACCUCAGCAGGAUGCCUCUCCCACUAGUCAGUUAUCACCCUCCAAGAUUAAGCUUGUUGGGAAAGGUGGGACUUGUAAGCGGAACAGCAAGCGAGUGGCUGAACGUGUUCUAAGUUGCAUGAGGAAAAGGCAGAAGAAAAUGGUGACUUCUGAUUCUGAUUCUGUUGCUAGUGGAGGCCUUUUGUCAAGUGAUAUGAAACUUAGAUCCACUUCGCACAAAGGAAAGGAUGAUGCAACUUCUUCUCAUAAGAAUGUGAAAUCUCCCACCACUGCAAGGUCUAGGAGGAAGGAAUUGACGAUUCAGGAUGGUAACAGUUUAGUGCAGAGUGAAUUUCAUGAUGUUCUAUCAAGUGAAAUGGUCUCGGACCCACCUGUGACCAGCAGUGAGGACACCUUGAGGAAAGAAGAGUUCAUAGAUGAAAAUACAUGUAAAAAAGAGCUAAGUGAUAACAGAUCUUGGAAAGCUAUUGAAAAAAGCCUAUUUGAGAAAGGUGUUGAGAUUUUUGGCGGGAACAGCUGUUAUGUUAGAAGUUGCUUAAUUGCUAGGAACCUUUUAAAUGGUUUGAAGACAUGCUGGGAGGUUUUUCAAUAUAUGACUCGCUCUGAGAAUUGGCUAGCCUGCGAAGCAGGGGAUGCUGGAACUCUUGGUGAAGGGUACUCCAAGUUUGACAGCAAUGGAACAAUGGUUAGAAUUUUGCUUAUUGUCUAUGGCCAUGUUUUUGUUUACAUGCGAGGAAAGAAUGAAGCAAGAAGGAGAUCAAAAUUUUUAAGGAGAAGAGGUAGAGUUCGCCGCUUGAAGUACUCUUGGAAAUCUACUGCUUACCAUUCUAUUAGGAAGCGGAUAACUGAAAGAAAAGAUCAACCAUGCCGUCAAUAUAAUCCAUAUGUCCUAAGAGUUGCAAGAACCGAUUUAGAGGCUGCCACUGUGCUAAAAGUCAAUGUCGAAGUCGUCAAUGUCCAUGCUUUGCUGCAGACAGAGAAUGUGAUCCAGAUGUUUGUAGGAAUUGUUGGGUCAGUUGCGGUGAUGGUUCUCUUGGUUUUACUUGGAAGGUCUGAUGUAUCGGGCUGGGGUGCUUUCUUGAAGAAUAGUGUAGGCAAGCAUGAGUACCUGGGUGAGUACACUGGAGAGCUGAUUUCGCAUAGGGAAGCAGAUAAGCGUGGGAAGAUAUAUGACCCCAUCAUCUUUGGUUGUUUAUAUGACACCAAGAUUUGUUUCUUGCAGUUUGUUCUUGAUGCAUACCGGAAGGGUGACAAACUUAAGUUUGCCAACCACUCUCCAGAACCAAACUGCUAUGCAAAGGUCAUAAUGGUUGCAGGGGAUCACCGAGUGGGCAUAUUUGCCAAAGAAAGAAUUAAUUCAGGGGAGGAACUUUUCUAUGAUUAUCGUUAUGAGCCAGACAGAGCUCCUGCUUGGGCUAGGAAGCCUGAAGCAUCUGGAUCAAAAAAAGAAGAUGGUGGUCAUUCAAGUGGCCUUCAAUACCUAAAGGCGCUUAUCAAGCUUCACUCUCCAGUUGCUGUCAUGCUUUGCGAAACUAGGAAUCCAGCAAAGAUGAUGGAGUCUACAAAGAGAUAUCUGGGCUUUAAUAAUAUGCUGUACAUUGAGUCUGUGGGUUUAAGUGGUGAUGGGGAGUUAGUGGAGGCGCUUGAGCUUCGUAUGUUGAAAGAUUUUGUUGAUGAGCAAAUAGAGGAAGCUGGAGCCCAUUUGACCGAUCUAAUGGAAGGGGUUCCUUUUGAUAGGAUUGUUGAUAAAGUUCAAGAAGCCUCGGUUAGAACAAGAGAAAUAUUGGAGGACAAAAUCUAG